ACAGCUGCUUCUGGUGAUGCUGAAGCUACGGUAGAGUCGUGCAGGAUGAGCAAAUUGCCGAAUGACCAGGAGGAAGCUCGAGCUGAUCGUUUCAAUUCCAGUACUUCCCUUAGUACCACACAUUCCGUUCACACAUCCCAACUUGCAGCUAGAUUAGAGCCAUACAGUGACAGGAAACCUAUUUCUGAUGUUAGGAGGACUUUCUGCUUAUUUGUUACUUUUGACCUUUUAUUUGUUGGUUUGCUGUGGAUAAUAGAAUUAAAUGUAGAUGGUGGCAUAAUUCAUAGUUUAGAAAGUGAGGUCAUUCACUAUGACUUCCAUAAAUCUUACUUUGAUAUCUUCUUACUGGCAGUGUUCCGAUUCCUUAUGCUGGUUAUUGCGUACGCUCUGUUUAGGUUAAACCACUGGUGGAUGAUUGCGAUUACAACAGCUGUCACCAGUGCCUUUCUAAUUGUAAAAGUAAUUGUUUCCAAGCUCCUGGUCCAAGGUACUGCCUUUGCUUACUUACUGCCAAUCAUCUCCUUCAUACUAGCCUGGAUUGAGACUUGGUUCCUGGAUUUUAAGGUGUUGCCACAAGAGGCAAAGGGUGAAAACAGAUUCUUUGUAGUGUCUGAUGUAUCAGAGCAUGCACCUCUUAUUCUUCCUGGCCCCCUGUCUGAUGGACAGUUUUAUUCACCUCCUGAAUCUGUUGCUGAUUCUGACGAGGAACACGAUGCUGAGAAUCCAAAAAAUUAAAAGCAUUCAAUAAGUGGACACAGCUCAGAUUGAAAGGGAUAGUGGAAAAGUUUCUGAGUGUCUGACCUGCAGAAUUUUCCCAGUACUUGGAUUCCUUUUGGGGAAGAACAUGAUGUAACUGGCAGUGGGAAAUCUGAGAUUCACUUUAUGCUCCAGAGCCCUCAGCUGUUGGAAGUUUAUCACUUUACUGCCUUAUGCCAGCUCUGAAAUGGCUUCAGGAUCCUGCCAUCGCUGAACUAAUUUCAAUUCCAGAGUCAGCUGCUGCACAUUUUUCAAAAUAGCUCAUUUUAGGCUUCAACCUAAUCAUUUUCAGCAAUUAAUAAUUCUACUGAAAUAACAUUCGAGGAUCACCAAUAUGUGUGAUCAAGUUACCUGACUGAUGUGAUCAGUACUAUUCACUGUAAGCAUUAUGUUGCACUAAAAUUCUAUAUUAUUUUGGUUUGGUCUUUCAUUAUUUUCAAUGAAAUAGACCAAAUACAACAAACCAUCAUAAAUUAUGAAGUGUUCCUGAACAUUUGAUUUUUAUAGAUUUAUGCCUGAUUUGUAAAGGUCUGUAUUUGAGCUGCAUAGAGGGAGAAUUGCACAAUUGUGCAGAUGAUUGACAGACAUGUGUUUAUAUUCCUGAGUAUUGAUGCACAUCACAGCUUGCAAUUGUUACUUUCUGUGAUGCAAGUUUAUUGAAGGAAAUUUUUAAAAAUCAUUUUUAUUUAGCUGAAACUAGAAACCGAUUAGGCAAAAUUGUUCAUUUCAUUCUUGACAAUAAAACCAAACAAAAUGUUUUGCAAGGAGUUAAGGGAUGGUUUUCUUUUGCCAUUAACUACUUUGGGAAUGCAGAAUGUCCCAAAGUUCAGUGCAGGUAGCAGGUUGCAAUUUCUGCUGCCAAUGACAAUUGGAAUAUGUUAAACAACAGUGUUCCAAUAGUAACACACCCUUAACACUGCAAGCUCUUGUGACCUGGCACAUGCUAUUAGAUGAGAAGCAUUAGUGCAGAUAUUCCAAUCUUUUGAUAUGUGCAACCCUUAAGUUUUAAAUACAUUUCUUUCCAAUAAUGACGGUAGAUUUGUAAGUUAAUGCAAUGAGUCAUUAUAAUCAAUUUUAAUGACCUGAAGAAUUGUGUAAAUAUUAAAUAUGUACAAUAAGGUAUUAAUCCAUUUGCUUAAAAAACCUCCUGGCAUGCUGCAGCUGUGGAUGAUCCUCUCACCAGCUCAUGCAUAAAUGACAUUGUUGUAUUUUCAGAUUUUUACGCAACAAAGUGGCUUAUUUGAUUUUGAACUAAGAUUAAACUGACCUUGAAGGCAGAUUGCUUCUGCCUCGUGUUUCCUAUCCCUUAAGAACAUCCUCUAUUGACAGAUGUCUUCACCUGUUCAUUAACCCUUCCUAAGCCUCUCACCUAUUGGAUGGGCUGCACACAGAACUAAGAACUAAUGAUUAAUACUUCUUGAGCCACUAGGUGGGUUGUGGGUGAAUUUUUGAUCCAGAAUAAAUUGGACUCACCUCUUCAGCCCAUUGAAGGAAGGUGGAUCUCACUUAGGACAAGGAUGUUCUAAGGGUCUAUAUCAUUUUCCUUUCGUUAUAAAGUGUCAGUAAUAUUUCAUUGAUAACACCCCUAUCAAAUAGACAAUCAUGGCUUCUUCUUUAAGUUGCACAUAGUUUAUAGCCAUUUCUCCCCACCCCCCUCACCCUCCAAGACUAAAUAUCUAGGCAUGAGGAUACCCAAAUAUGAAUAUAUAAUGUGCUAUAGAAGAUCAUAGAAUCCCUACAGUGUGGGAGCAGGCCAUUCAGCCCAUCGAGAGCACACCGACCCUCUGAAGAGCAUCUCACCCAUCCGAAGACCCAUCCUCCUACCAUUUGAGAAAAUAUUUUAAUAGCUUAAAUGGGCUUGAAAUGGAUAUGUCAAUAAUUUGGUUUAAUCAACAGCUUUAAUGCGUUUGGUGGAAGAUCUCCAAUUUAAUUAUAUACAAAUAGAUAUGUAAUAUCCCAGGGAGCUAUGAAAAUGACUAAUUUUCAGUAAAAUUGGUUAAUGUGUGAUAAAAAGUGCUAUUGUUACACAGAUUAUUAUAAUUGCUUACUGCAUGAUCCAGAGACUUGUAACCUGUGUUCUGUUCAGCUCAGUUUUGUCUCAGAGUCGAGUUGCUUCUUAAUGCAACUCAAAGCAGGUGAUAAACUUUAUCCAGAAGUUGUACAAAUCAAGUCUGCUCUUAAUUAAAAUUACAAUAAUUGUUUUAGUUUUUUGUUUACACUGCUUACUUCAAAUUAUUGCGAAAAAAUGCUUUAGCAUAUAAAGCAACUCUGAAUUAUUAAGAGCAGACUCUAUGUACAAAUUUGUUAAAUAAUUUGAUGUUCAUUAUAUUAGCACUAUGUUUCCCUUUUAUGUCUGCAGCCUUGCAUUGUUUUGUAUUCAAUUUUUACCUAAGAUUCGAGUUCCACCUCAGGACUGAUAUUCGAAAUUUUGCCCUUCAUUCUACUUCACUUCUAUCUCUUCCAUCCUUAGUGAUUUUUCUGAAGUUUCCUGUCACUUGGCUUUACAAGGUCCUAACACAACUCACUGUGGGAGCAAAACUGUGUGUUGCUGAAAUAGACUGCAUUCACAUCAACCUCCCUGGCCAAACUUUACACAAGACAAUUUGGGCUCUAAGUGAUCAAACUACUAAUAUUAAACAUAGGAGCUCAUUAAGAGAUGAAAAGAAUCAACAAAAGCAAAUUGAGGUAGCAGAAUCAGUUCAGCUACUGACUCUAUGCUGGUGCAUGUUAUAUAAUGUCUGUAACUUUCAAGUCAUGCCUUGUCUUAUUAGACUGAAAUAAAUGGAUCAAUUUAUACAUUAAAUCAUUUGCAAUAAAAGUAAAUGGAUCAA